CUCUGGUGGUAUGUCUUUUCUUUCAGCUUGCUCCAGACGAUAUCCCAGGGCCAUUUUUCUUUCGAUGCUGCUAUGGCCAAUGAAGAAGAUGACCCAAUUAUACAAGAGAUUGAUGUGUACCUGGCGAAAAGUCUGUCGGAGAAACUGUAUCUCUUCCAGUAUCCCAUUCGCCCAGCUUCGAUGACAUACGAUGACGUGACUCAUCUCUCGGCGAAGAUAAAACCAAAGCAGCAAAAGGUUGAACUGGAAAUGGCCAUUGAUACUUUGAAUCCCAACUACUGUCGCAGCAAAGGGGAACAAAUCGCGCUUAAUGUCGAUGGCGUCUGUGCGGACGAGACAAGCACGUAUUCCUCGAAGCUGAUGGACAAGCAGUCCUUCUGCUCCUCGCAGACCACGAGUAACGUUUCACGCUACGCCGCCGCAGUCUACAGAAAAGGUGAGAUCCACCUUACGCCGCUCCAUGGAAUCUUGCAAAUGAGGCCAAGUUUCUCCUACUUGGACAAAGCCGAUGCCAAAUACCGGGAGAGAGAAGCUGCUAAUGAGCCCGGCGAUUCUUCCCAAGACGAAGCUGAAGAAGACGUCAAGCAGAUCACGGUGAGGUUCUCCCGCCCGGAGUCCGAACAGGCCCGCCAGCGGCGGGUUCAGUCUUACGAGUUCUUGCAGAAGAGGCAAGCUGAAGAGCACUGGGUUCACCUGCAUUACUACGGUUUAAGGGACAGCCGUUCUGAACACGAGCGCCAGUAUUUGUUUAGUCAAGGUCACGGCAUGGCUGGGAAUACCGAAUUAAUUAAAUCUCCAAGUGAAUACUUGAUGAUGCUGGUACCUCCGAGCGUGGAAGAAGAAAAAGACAGACCCGUGGCCCCAAGCAACGUGCUCUCCAUGGCUCAGCUGAGGACUCUGCCCCUGGCUGACCAGAUCAAGAUCUUGAUGAAAAACGUGAAAGUCAUCGCUUUUGCAAAUCUGAUGAGCCUUUUGGCUUCCGGAACUGAUCCUACCGCAGCUUUGCGGUGCAUCCAGCAGGUGGCGCUGUUGGUGCAGGGAAACUGGGUGGUGAAAAGCGAUGUCCUCUACCCGAAGGAGACCUCCAGCCCUCACAGUGGCGUCCCGGCAGAAGUGCUUUGCAGGGGAAGGGACUUGGUUAUGUGGAAGUUUACACAGGACCGUUGGGUAGUACGGAAAGAAGUAGCAACAGUUACCAAACUUGGCCCAGAAGAUGUGAAAGACUUUUUGGAGCACAUGGCUUACCUGAGGAUAAACAGAGGCUGGGAAUUCAAACUCCGCUAUGACGAGGAUUUCGUCAGGAAGCAUCCAGAUGUGGUCCAGAGGCAACAGAUGCUCUGGAUGGGCAUUCAGGCCAAGCUAGAGAAAGUCUACAGCCUUUUGAAAGAGCAGAUGGCACCAAAGAAGCAAACUGCCCAAUCAGCUGCUCCGUUGCUGGUUUCCGGAGAACAGAGGGUCAACCUGGCCAAAGCAAAAGUCAAGCAGAGCUACGGACAACUGGAGCAAGACCUCCAGAAGCGUAAAGUGGAGUUCCGAGCCAACGAGGCCCCCUGUCCGGUGGACCUCCUCGACGUCCGGAUCAAGGAGGAGCCGGUGAGCGAUGAGGAGCCCAUGGACACGUCUGUCUGCGACAGCCUCAAUAACGGACUGGCCAACGGCAUCCAUUCGGAAGAGAACUCCGUGGACUCCUUAAACGGCCACUUGCCAGUCCAAGAGAGGGUCAGCCAAGAACUGAGGGCCUUUGUUGGGGCAACCUUUAAGAAACAGUAUGUUCUAACCCUGAAUGAGCUCAAACGGUUGUUUAAUCUCCAUGUGGCCAGUCUGCCUCCUGGGAAUCUCUUGUUUAGCGGCAUUUCAGACAAAAUGUUACAGGACAUGAUGUUGGACAUGGGCUGCAAACAAAUAAUGGUGCCUUUCCCCCCGCAGACGGCGGCAUUACCGGAUGAACAAAAGGUCUUUGCACUUUGGGAAGCUGGUGACACGUACGAUCAGCAACGGCAAAUUUUGCUCGAAAUCUUUUCCAAAAACUACCGAGUGCGUAGAAACGUCAUCCAGAAUCGGCUGGCCCGGGAAUAUGGAGAGGACCUAGAUAAACAAGAAGUGGACAAAAUCUUAAAGGACUGCUGCGUAAGCCAGGGUGGCAUGUGGUACCUUAAAGGGACAAUGCAACAGCCAACAUCGUGACGAAAGGGGUUCAACUUUAAUUGCAUCAGGUUAACACCAGGACCGAAGAAGAAAAAUACCGUAAUGGGCAGGAAAGUCAAACGAAACACCCUCCUUUCCCUUUAGAUGGGACGGACCUUGAUCUAGUCACAGCCCUGUGGAGGAAGCUAUGGACACGGCCCUGCUCCCCUCCUGGUUUGCAUGGGAUCCAAAAUGCCACCAUUGAACAGAAGGAGAAAAAUAGGAUCUUUAGGUUAAUUUGGGAUUCCUAAUAUAUUUUGCUUCUGAUUAUAACAAAAACAAAGAAGGCUUAUACUGACCCAAAUGUUACAGAAGACCUAAUGUUUUAUUUUGUAACUAAUGCCAAUAAAUUACAAGUUUA